GGCAGGCACGCACCACUCAGCUACUGUUUCGAAUGGAAUAGUGAAGCACUAUAGUCUGUGACAAAAGCUCAACAAGCAUUGUACGAGUACAAGCGAAAACAAAAUGUUGGAUACCUUGGGAUACAUCUACGACUUUCUUACAAGUCCAAGCACCCUUAGAGAAGGCUAUGAUUAUCUACCUUUCCAUGGCGCACUGUUGCCCUUUCUACUACUCGAAAUUGCGUACGUGACUUUUGUCUUCAGAAUAGGACCAUGGUUUAUGAAGAAUCGGGAGCCCUAUAAGUUAACGGCAGUGCUUUGGUAUUACAAUGUAAUACAGAUUCUUUUCAACUCAUUCAUGGCGACUUUGGCUGUGUAUUUGUUCUUCUAUAAAAAAGUCGUACCCAUUGGUUGUAUGACUGUGCUGCCUUGGGAACAUCCGCUCAAGUCGUUGGAGGUGUUAGCCGGCUAUUCUUACGUAUUCAAUAAGUUUCUCGACCUUUUCGACACAAUAAUCUUUGUACUGCGUAAAAGCUACAAACAAGUGACUUUCCUUCAUGUUUACCAUCACAUAAUGAUGACCAGCAUUUCGAUAAUUUAUGCAAAAAAUAUUGGCUCAGGUGGGCAUGCCGCUAUCACUGGUACCAUGAAUGCCAUAGUGCAUAUAAUAAUGUAUGGAUAUUACUUUGUGAGUGCCACAAGACCGCAUAUGAAAAACUCGCUAUGGUGGAAGAAGUACAUUACACAAAUACAAAUUGUACAAUUCGUUUUGGCCUUAAUACAUAAUCUGUGGCCGCUGAUAAUCGAUACCGAUUGUAGUGUUCCAAAAAUCUUUUGUGUAUUCUCGGUGAUACAAGCCAUAAUGAUGAUCUACCUUUUUGGUAGUUUUUACAAGAAAAGUUAUUUGGACCAAAGUGGAAAAUCGAAAGGGGCAAGUAAAAGUAGUGACAAAGGCUUAUAAAGUGGUUUCAAACGUAAUAGCUCAUACGCGCUAGUAGCAAUUCUCUAAUAUUGUUGUAUGUAUAUAUACGAUAAGUUCUCAAAUGGUGUUCGAAAAAAUAUACACUAUACACAGGAAAAUAAAUAAAUAACCAAGGAACUGGUUAAAAAUUA